AUGAACCGCCACUUCGUAAAGAGUCGCUCUCCAAUCCACCUACGUACCAAGCACAGCACCUAUUUUUUCUUCAUGAGUCGUCCUGGAACAAGUUCUGGUCAACGUCCUGGCACGGGCGGUGGCCUUGCACCUGUCGGAGGAUUGCCAUCCGGUCGCCCUGGAACGGGUCAGGGUCUCAACCCCAUCACUGGAGCACGUCCGGGAACGGGACAGCGUGGGAUGCUCACCUCCGCUUCAGGUGGUCGGCCUCUAACCGGGAGACUAGGAACGGGGCAACAAGUACCCGCUACACCUGGUCAAACCGCCGGAUACGGCAUUAGUCUUAAUACGGAGGUGAACGUCUCCGAUAGACCCGUAACUCAACAAGGUAUGAUGGGGAUGCGUGUCGGCAGUGCCGGACCGGGUCGACAGGUACAAGAUGCGUCGUUCUUUAAGGGGAAACUCCACAGUAAGACCGCGGAGAUCACGAGCGAGAUCGAGAAGUUACAGCGAGAAGUUGAGCAGGACGCUAAGGAUAAAGCGCAAUGUGCUCAACUGGAACGAAAAUACGAGAAAAUGGCGCUCGAAGUGCGUGACUUGGAAGGCCAACUAGCCGACUAUAACCUGGCUAUGGACAAGAUGCGCAGUGCCACCGACCCGGCCGAGAUCCGUCAGGUGCAAGAGCAACUACAUCAACGCAACGCCAAAGAAGCGGAAGACGUGGAUCGGGUCUUCUUAAUGCACAAAGAGCAAGAGAAAAGUGUGCGCAACAUGGAGACGGAGAUGACGGAAAUCCACGGUAAACACCAGGACAAGAUUAACCAGUUAGCUCCACAGAAACUGCAACGUUAUAAGGAAUUAUUAGAGGAACACCAUCAAAGUGAGGUGGAGAUCGAAGCUCGAUCCCAGGAGCUGGAACUGGUCAUGCAUGCUAUCCAUCAGAAAGAAGCCGAGCUGAGCUCCGACCGCUACCGGGACGAGUACGAAGCUCUGGAGCGUCAAGCCCGCCGGCUUCAGAAGGAGCGCGACGCGGCGGCUGAAGACGCCAAGACGGCGCAGAUGGACCCAAAUGAAGCUCGUGCUGUGCUUCUUGCUAAAGUGAAGGACGAUAAGGCAAAGAUGGAGGCUCUAGAGGGCGUAUUGCAGUCCGCAGGUGCCGAGAAACAGGAGCUAGUUAAGGUGGUGGCAGACGUUCAGAGCGAACUGGACGAACGUGCCAGUGGGAGCGACCCAGCACACAAAUACGAAGCCUUGUUCGCUAAAGACAAGGAGAUGUCGACGUUUUUAGAACAAUUUCCAGCAAAAAAAGAAGCCGAGAUGCAAGCCCAACGUGCAACUCAAGGAGUGAUUGUACAGUUGCUGGAACACAUAUCAGCCGGUAUGGCCAAGGAGGAUAAAUUGCCCGGUACGAACGCUGCCAACCUCGAAGAAAUGCGCGGCGACUUGACAUUUAAAGAGCGACAACUCGAGUCGUCUGUCACGACGAAACAGCGCUUGACUAUGGAGCUCCAGAAGCGUCAAGCUGAGCUCGAUAAGGUCAAUACAUUGGACGCCAAGAUUGCAUUGGAACUCAGUAGUCUGUUGCAGAAGAUGGACACUAUGACGACCGACAUGACGGAAUUCGGGAAAAUCGACGCGCUACAAGAAGUGCACGCACAGACUAAACAGCAUUUAUUGCGUUUAAAGAAGCAAUACAUUGGCCGUCGAGAUGCCAUGCGGCAACAGGUCACAUCGCUGAGUACGCAACUGGAAAAUCUGGUGCACGAGACGGCCCAGCAAGAGACAGCCAAGAACUUGGACGCUUUGGAGCAAAAGUUGCGUCAUCACGAGCAGAACAUUUUCCACUUGAAGGAAUAUAUCGACUCCAAGUCCCGAGAAGUCGACUACGAGCACCUUAAGCAAGAUUGUUUCCGCACUUUACAGGAACUUAACACGCUUCAUGUUGCCCAGCAACAACGUCAACAGCAACUUCACCUUGGCAUCGCAGGAGGUCUUUAA